AGCUGAUUGUUACUGUUGCUUUUGUUUUUGUUACAAAAUCACUUAUGAUUUUUGUGUUGUUUUAUGCAAAAAAUGAUAAAAUUUUAAACGCAAACUGAAAAACAACACAGUUUACUAUGAGCACGCCACUGGAACAGCAAACGGAAGAACGGGAGGCAUUGCAGUCAAUAUACGAGGGCGACACGAACUUCAAAGAAAUAGAUAGCGUCACAUUUCAAUACAAAUAUGGCGAAGAGGAUAACUACAAGUCAUUUCUGGUCGAGCUCAAGUGGGGCGACAAUUACCCCGAUGAGGCGCCAGCAAUCAAUAUGAACACGUUUUACAAUAGGAAUCUACUGCCCGUUGUCAAAGAAGAGAUCCAAACGGCUCUGAGUACGGAAGCCGCCCAAUGGCUGGGCUGUGGAAUGACCUAUACCCUGUUCGAAUGCCUUAAGGACAAUCUGGAGCAACUGACCGCCGAACAGCCCGAAUCCGCACCCGCUGUAGCAAUAGUGGAUGAUGGCGUGGGUGCUUUAAAAAUCUCCGACCCCAAUGCCGAUGCAGAGUCGAGGAAAAAGGAGCCCAAAAAGGAGCACCUGACUAAGGCGCAAAAGCGACGGCAGUGGGAGAGAACCGAUCACAAAGGAGACCGGGAACGCGGUUGGGAUUGGGUGGACCUCGUCAAGCAUUUAUCGCAGACGGGUGGAAAAAACGAUGAUGCUCACACUGUCGCCGAAAUUGCUCCAGUUCUACAUCCCCUAAACAACUAAAAUUCCUACCAACUAAAUAGGAGUAAAAACGUCGAGAAAACUUUAAAUUGAAAUUAAAAGCCAAUACUAUUUUUAUGUGAUAGAAUAAAUGGGAGUGACUGCAAGCACAUCUAUCAUAAAAUCUAUAUAUCUAUCUUAUUAUAAUUUCAAAAUAUUAAAGGUUGCAUCUUUCGAUUAAGGUGCGUACUUUGAAAGAAA